AUGGGUCUUGUUCGAUGGUCGCAGGCGUGGAGACUUGCAAUCUAUCCACGUCGCAGCUGUCCGCCGGCAGUGCUGUCCAGUCGGCUGGUAUCAGUGAGUCCUUCCUUUCAACGCAGAGCUCGUCAGCUGACUCUCUUAGUGGUCGGCUGCGCAAUCGCUGCAUACCUCAAUAACCUCCUCGGCCGUCGCCUCGCCCUCAUGAUCACCGCCUUCAUCUCCAUCAUCGGCGUCGUCAUCGAAAUCACCUCCGCCGUCGGCGCGUCCGCCCGAUUCAACCAAUUCGUAGUCGGCAAGACGAUCGCCUCUAUCGCCAUGGGUCUCUGCGUCAACAUUGUUCCUGUGUAUCUCUCGGAGACAUCGCCUGCGUCGGCGAGAGGACUCGGGAUCAGCUUGUACCAGAACAUACAGGCAAGUUGUGCAUUCUCCAAUUGUGGAUUGAUCAUCGGUGUCCUCAUUGCGUCCGGGGUCGUUUUCGCCACGUCGACGAUGAAUACCCAAUCGAGCUAUCUCAUCCCUAUGGGUAUUCAGCUGGUCGCUCCGGGUCUGAUGCUGCUCGCUACGCCCUUCCUUCCGGAAAGUCCACGAUGGCUCGUCCUCAACGGCCGCCAAGCAGAAGCCGAAGUAUCCGCUACCAAGCUGCUCGGAUCCGAAGCCGCCAACGCUACCGAAUACUGCGAGAAGAUUCGCGCCGCAUACGAGCAAGAGCAGAUAGUCGCCAAGGCGUCGUCCUGGGCCGACCUCACGCGCGGGGCAGACCUCCGUCGUCUUCUCAUCGCCGUCGGUAUCCAGAGUCUGCAGCAGGCGCAGGGGUCGAGCUAUAUGAACUCGUAUAUCGUUUCCUUCUUGGUCGGGACUGGCGUCAAGGAUGUCUUCCCGGUCAUCAUGGGCCUGUACUGUCUCUACUAUGUCGCUAUCAUUGCUGGUGGCUUCCUCGCCGAUAUCUCUGGCCGUCGGUCUCUUAUGAUCUGUACUGCUGGCUUCUGCGGCGCGUGUCUCCUCAUUGUCGCUAUCCUCACCACUGCCUACGCCACCCCUACCUCGGCCGUCUCGAAUGCCUCUAUCGCCCUCAUCUUCCUCUGGUACGCCUCAUUCGGCCUCCAAUCCCCCAUCAUAUGGACAAUCACAACCGAAUCCUGCCCUACCGUCAACAGAGAAAAAGUCCUCGCCGUCGCGACAUUCAUGGGCUUCGGCGUCUCCCUCCUAAUCUCGUCCGUCUCCCCAUACCUCCAGGACCCGGGCUACGGCAACCUCGGCUCCAAGAUCGGCUUCAUCUGGGGAAGUUUCUCCAUCAUUACCGUCAUCUGGACAUGGUUCUUCGUUCCCGAGAUGAAGGGCUUCUCGCUCGAGCAACUCGACCACCUCUUCAUUGAGCGCACGCCGACGCGCGCUUUCAAGAGGUAUGUGUUUGAGGAUGAGAUUGAGCCAGUCGGAGAGCACAAGAUGGAUAUGGAGGAUGGGAAGAAGGACGGGGCGGACGUGGACGUCGUGCCGGCCAUGAGGAAGGAGUAG